CAUAUAUUUCUGAUCAUGACUUUCUUGUUAUACAUAGAACAUUUUAUCAUUACCGUCAUUGUUGUUGUGCUUUGCAACAUCUUCGUAAACAAGGGUAAGGAUGCCUUUUUGAAAGUGAUCGUUGGAGUGAUAAAGAACCUUCCGGGUAUGGACGUUAUUAUAGAGAAUGUGUUACGAAAUGAAGCAACAAACUUUAUGAAACAAGUCAAUCUGGCUCCUAAAAAGGGGGAAGCGAAGAAACCCAGAGUUGUUAUUCCAAAAGUCGGUAUACCCCAUGAUCAGUUAAGAGAGGAAUUAAAAGAUUUACAAGGUAAAGAGAACCAGAUAGAAGAUGGUAAUAUAUUCGCCUAUAUGUACACACUACCUGAUGAUCACUUCCAGAUACAAAAAGAAUGUUUUGAUAGAUUUGAAAAGGCCAUUGGAUAUUCAGUAGACCACGAUGCUUUAGUGACAGAAGCUCACCACGCCUUUCUGCAUGAAAAUGCUCUGAACCCAAUGAUCUUUCCCAGUCUCAGAACCAUGGAAACAGAAAUUUUAAGUAUGUCUGCAGCAAUGCUAAACGGGGAUGAAGAUGCGUGUGGAUUCCUCACUUCCGGUGGCACAGAGAGCAUUUUAAUGGCUGUCAAGUGUUAUAGAGAUCGAGCAAAGAAACUUUUCCCUCAUAUUAAAGAACCAGAAAUUAUAGCACCAAUCACAGCUCAUCCAGUCAUAGAAAAGGCCGCCCAUUAUUUUGGGUUGAAGAUAACACGUACCCCAAUCGGACCAGAUCACAGAGCUGAUGUCAAAGCAAUGGAAAGGGCAAUCACAUCUGAUACAAUUUUAUUGGUUGGAUCUGCUCCACAGUUUUGCCAUGGUAUUGUUGAUGACAUCGAGGCAAUAUCCGAUCUGGCCGUUCGAAAGGGGCUUCCGGUUCACGUGGACGGUUGUUUUGGUGGUUUUAUGUUGCCAUGGGUAGAGAAAUUGGGUUAUGAAGUACCUAAAUGGGAUUUCAGAUGUCCCGGAGUAAUGUCUAUUUCAGCUGAUAUUCAUAAAUAUGGAUAUACGGUUAAGGGUUCCAGUGUUAUUGUGUAUAGAAACGCUGAUAUAAGAAAGUAUCAAAUCUUUGUCUAUGCUGAAUGGCCGGGUGGUCUCUAUGGUUCACCUAGUAUGGCUGGUACACGGGGAGGUGGAAAUAUCGCUGCAUCCUGGACAUCAAUGAGAGCACUUGGUGAAGAUGGUUUUAUGAGAAAGGCGAAGGAAUUAAUGGACAUUACAAAUAAACUGAAAGAAGGCAUAAAUAACAUCGACGGAUUGUGUAUUCUUGGUAAACCAUGUAUGACUGGGUUUUCCAUCGGUUCUAAUAGCCCGGAUGUGGAUAUUCUUGCAGUAGCAGACGCCAUGGAAAAAAGAGGUUGGAAGAUGGAACGCCAACAAAAUCCCUUCUGUCUUCAUUGUUCUAUUUUACCCCAUCAUGCACCAGUAGCUGAUAAAAUGUUACUUCAUCUGAAGGAGUGUGCUGAAGAAUGUAGGGACAACAAGUCUCUGUCUAAACAAGGAACAGCUGGUGUGUACGGUAUGAUGGCUAAAAUACCAGAUAAAGGUCUCAUCAGUGAUUUUAUUGUCGAGUUCUUCAGUGAAGUUUAUAAGUGUAAAUAG